AUGCUGUCGCUCACGAACCUCCUGGCACUGUCUCCAAUUCUGGCAAACAUCGCCACUGCUCUCCCAUGGGUAGGAACAACAGCGGAUCUACAUGCUCGGGCGGAGACCAACAUCCUUGCGCCUCCACGAGUUGGAGUGUACAUGUGUGUUGAUGCAGACUGGAAAGGCCACUGCGAGCAUUUGCUCAACGCACCUGGUCUUUGCAUCGACCUCCCGCAAGAAUUGGCAGGUCAAGUCAGUGCCGUAGGACCGGAUAAGCAGAAAGAGACCUUUGCUUCAGGUUGUACGCUGUUCAAAGACAUCGGCUGCAAGGGCGAGUACAUGGCGGACAUUGCGUACCCUGGCCUCAAGAACCUUGCUCAAGCGCCUCUCGCGGGCGCGUACAACGACUUCUUCAAGAGCUACAUCUGCUACUGA